GGUGGUGAUAUACGCAGGCCAAAUUAAACAUUCAGGCACUUUUUUACCAUGGUUUUUUACCUUUUUACCACAACUAUUUACCUUUUGUACUAUUCCUACCAAAUCCUAUAAAAAAAGAAAACUCAACAUUCAAAGUGAAAAAUUUCAGAUAUUCAACAAUUUUUGCGAUGGAUCCAAACAACUUAGACCCGAAUGAAGUAUACAUAGAUGUGGAUGAAGAUAUUGAAACAUUCGAGCUACAUGAUUUCAGUGAAUUUUUCACAAUUUCGACUGCAUUUGAUAGUAAAGAUGCACUAGUCGAGUGGGCGAUGAAUAUGGCCAUCAGUCAUGGACAUGAGAUUAGGCGACAGUCUUACCACGAGGGCCGACAGUAUUUGACUUGCAAAAGAGCCUAUAAGAGUCGAGGAAAAAAUGCAGAGGUCGAAACAAGCCGGAAGUCCGGUUCAAUAAAGUGUAAAUGCCCUUUUGCGCUAUGGGGUAAAGAGGGUCGGGAUGGAUUAUGGCGCCUUACCAUAAAAAAUGGCAAGCACAAUCAUAAUCCUCAUAAAUAUCCACAAGGACUACGUUCGCUAAGUCGCCUGACUGAAGAGCAACGAGAAGUGACAAAGAUACUGAAAAAGAGCCAUGUGAAGCCGAAGGAAAUUUUGCAUCAUCUGAGGCAGAUGAAUCCGGAUACGGCUGCGUCCUUGAGAGAAGUGUACAAUGAAUCACAGAAAAUUAGACGAGAGGAAAUGAAAGGAAAAACAGUUAUACAACAUCUGUGGCACGAACUAAGUGAGAGUGGAUACAGCAAAUGGCAUCGAACAAAUCCAGCUGGUGAUACAGUGCAAGACGUUAUGUUUGCGCACCCUGAUUCAAUAAAGCUUUUGCAGUUAUUUCCAUACGUCAUCCUGAUGGAUUGCACGUACAAGACUAACAGGUAAUAAUUAUUUAAAUGUGUAUUACAUUUAUUAUAUAUAUAUAUAUGUAAGAGUUGACUAAAUUAUAAUUACCUUCAUGUAGAUAUGAAAUGCCUCUUUUGGAGAUCAUUGGGGUUACUCCCGUGGGAAGGAACUUCACUAUUGCCGUUGCUUUUAUGUCACGUGAAGAUGGGGACACUUAUGCAUGGACAUUGCGAUGUUUGCGAGACAUAUUACCAAUCGGGAUAGAACCAGAAGUGAUACUGACAGAUCGUGAGCUGGGCCUACUGAAAGCAUUGCCAAACGUGUUUCCACAUUCGCAUCACAUGUUAUGUUUAUAUCACAUAAACAGAAACGUUGAGGCAAACGCGUCAAAAUUCUUGGGUAACACCAAGUUGGGUAUACUGUUCCGGAGGACGGUGUGGGCAAAAUUAGUCGAAUC